AUGUCACCGCAGAGACCUGUCUGGAAAUCAAAGAUGAACCGUUAUGCAGAUGAAACGUGGAAUGAAAUGGGCGACAUGUUCAUCAGGCGAUGCAGAAGGAGUCUUAAGAAUAAAGACCUAAAAGUGGAAGCAACAUUGAAAUAUUUUGUAUGUGAGCUGUGUGGCAAGAAAUUCACUCGAAAAAAUCAUAUUCAUUUUCAUAUGAGAGUUCACACAAAGGAGAAGCCAUGCGUCUGUGACAUUUGCAAGAAGGCCUGUUCAGAAAAAGCUAAUCUAGUGACACACAUGAGGGUGCAUACAAAGGAGAAGCCAUACAUCUGUGAAAUUUGCAAUAAGGCCUUCUCACGGAAAAGUUCUAUGAAGGGCUUCUCAGAAAAAUGUAGUCUAGUGAAUCACAUGAGAGUACAUACAAAGGAGAAGCCAUACAUCUGUGAGAUUUGCAACAUGGCCUCAACGAAAGGUGAUCUAGUCAAUAAUAUCAGAGUACAUAUAAAGGAGAAGCCAUACGUCUGUAAAAUUUGCUACAAGGCCUUCUCAGAAAAAGGUACUCUAGUUAAACAUAUCGGAGCACAUACAAAGGAGAAGCCAUACACCCGUGAGAUUUGCAACAAGGCCUUCUCAGUAAAAUAUAGUCUAGUGAAAAGUACAUAUAAAUGUGUGAUUUGCAAAAAUGCCUUCUCAGAGAAAGGUAACCUAGAGCAACACAUGAGAGUACAUACAAAGGAGAAGCCAUAA